AUGAACACGAGCUUCCGCCAGCCGUAUCUCCUUCAAAAGAGGUGGACAACGACGACGCUGCCGCCGCCAGUAAGUUCACAGUCUCAAGAAGAAUGGUUCCUCAAGGUCCAAACCCUCUCCACAACAGAUGAGUGGAUCGGAGCAGCAUGCUGCUGCUGCUUCUGGUAUGGUCUUCAGCCAAGAGAAGAGAAAAGAGGCUGA